CUCACCCGCCCUGUGCCACACUGCCACAUGCAACCAGAGGGGUGACUCUAGCAUAUAGAGUGCUCAGCACCCUCCCCGCUUGGCCUCGUGUCGUCCCCUUUUGUUUCUCGCCAGUUCCUUGCCAUCCUUUAUCCCAGCAACGUCAUCCCAUCCGCCUGAUUCCUCCUGCGCUCGCCAAAGACGGAUUCCCCUAGCCAUCUGCUGGCCCCCCCUUAACAACAUGAGUGCCCCGACAACCAGCGGCGCGGCGGACGUGCCCUCCAGCUGCGCCGCGAAUUCUGAGCAAAAGCUGCCUUCGCGCGAGGAGCAGCUAGCCGCAAUGACCGCGCGGGUGGAGGAGCUGCAAAAGCAAGACCCCUCGGCCGAUCUCAAGCUCGAACAGAAGUGGUGGGUGCCGAGCCUGGAUUUCGGCAGCUAUUUGCAGGAUGCUCUUCCACAAGAAAUAAGCGCCCAAUUCAACGCCAUCUUUGCAAAGCUCAUCCAGGACAAGUUUGCCCCCGAGGCCGUGGCCAAGGCACGCAAGCAGUCGAGGGAACUGCUCCAGGCAGAGUAUCCCCAGGCGCUAGAGAGGGUGGAGGAGACGGUGUUCAAGAAUGAGGCGCAGUUUGCCGAGUUGCACCGCCAUCUGCAGGGGGUUGACUCGAUCGGGUGUGCGGGCGGGAACUGCUGAGACCAUGAGAUGCAUUGCUUAGACCUCCACGCUUCUCUCUUUCGUAGCCUCCUUU